UGAGUGGCAUCCUUAGCCUCAGUCACACAGUGCCGUUGAACUUCCAAGUUGUAUCAACUUCUCUCGUUCGCUGAACAUCGCGAUGAGCCGACCAGUCGCCGCCGGUUUGGCUCCCAAGCAAUGGAAAGUUGCAAUCCUGGCCAUCCUUCAUCUCUUCUGCUUCUCCGUCGGGAGUCCGAUUGAACGACAGCAUAGCAUAGAUGUGGGGAAAUGCCUGACUAUCUCUAGACACCUACUUGAAGAGGUGAAGGAGUGUCUGGUCCAUCCGGACGUGACUGAUGGGUUUAACUGCAGCGACACUGACAUAAUGUUGGAAGAUAUCACGGCGAAUAAGACCAACACCGUCCUGGCUUGUUCCCCGGAGCAGGAAUUGGUCAGGAUCAAAGAAAGCCCGCAGAACUGCCUCCGCUCCAGCCAGUGCUACCAAAAUAUUACCGCGGAUCUGCAGAUUUACGAGGGUAAACUACAGAACUUCACGCAAGUCACCAAUAACGUGCGCAAGGGCAUAGCCAGUCUCCUAAAGGCCCUGAAUUCUGAUCUGACCCAUGAAGAUGUUUAUACUGAGGGUGGUUCAACAGAUGAAGAGAGAGUCAUCAACUUUCCCCAGAGGAUGGCUUUGUGCAAAAUACUCCAGUCCUUCAAAUUACGUACCAUCACAAUCAACAGAGUGAUGAGCUAUCUUAGCCAAGCUGAAAAGUAGCUGUGAAAAGUAUACGUUCUGGCCAACUGUGUUUCCUCAACUUUUUAUUUGCACUAUUUAUAUCAAAUAUUUGCCUUGACACUCCCAUUGGAACAAUUAAUUUAUUUAAAUAUUUAUUUAUUAUUUAUCUGUUUAUGUGGGAUAACUGUUAUAUUAUAUUGGCGACCACUGGGUCUGCUAACAUGUAAAGAUGAUUCAUAUUUAAGAAACUAUUU